UUAAAAUUGAACUGAAUGGAAUUAAAGAGCGGUAACGUUUUCUCUGCCUCAUUAUUACGACCUGCUUCCUGUUUACAGCGGCAGACACAGUGGACGCCUGAACCAUCAUGUAUCCUCACUGUGUGUGUGUGUGUGUGUGUGUGUGUGUGUGUGUGUGUGCGCUUGCAGCUGUACGAGGUGUCCCGACUGCGUUCUCUCAGCAGCCUAUCAGAGCUUUCCGUGUCAGGAAACCCCGCCUCCUCGCUGCAGCACUCCCGCCUCUUCCUCCUCUACCACCUCAGGACUCUGGACAGGCUGGACGACCUGCCAGUCACCCAGGAGGAGAGAGGACACGCCCACCAACGUUUCAGCACCGAGGAGCUGGAGCGUCUGCAGCGGGAGGUGGACGGCAGCCAAUCAGAGCUGAGCAGGCUGCAGACGGAGCAGCAGGACGCGGUGACUCGUCUCCACCAGCAGGAGGAGACAAACCGAACGCUGACGGCUCAGACAGAAACACAGCUACACAGCCAGACACUGCUGGAGAAAGAGCUACACACCAAGAGUCAGCUGCCCCGCCCUCCCGUCUCUCUGCUGGGCGUGGUCUAUCAGUUGGAGAAAACGUCAGCUGAGUUAACCAGAGCCUUUCACAGACUGUAUGAGCUGGAGCAGGAGUGCACUUUCCACAAGAUAGAUGCCAAAUUCAUACCUCUGCCCUCCUGCAACGUGCAGGAAGUCGACACUGUGGACUCUGUGGCUGAGAGUUCAUACAUCGGCAAGGCUCGACAUAUCAGGAAGGCCAUCACCUCCACUCCCCGGAACUCGUCUCCCUUCUCCCCCCUGCAGAUCCAGGAGGCUGUAGACAUUCACACUGACAUGGAGUCGUCACGCCCCCUGCAGGAAGAGCAGAGUCAAGCUGUGUCUGAUUUGCAGUUGAUCCAUCAGACAGAGCAGCCGGUAGCAGAACAGCAAGAGCCAAAGGAAAUCAAAUCAUACGACCAGCAGGUGGCGCUGUGUUGUCUCCUCAGUAAACUGUCCGUCCUGGAGCAGCUGAGAGACGAAGCUGAUGAGACACGAAGACAGAUGGACAGACAGACAGAGGAGAGAGGGAAGACAGAGAGAGAGACAGAAGAGCUGGAGGCACAACUACUUACAAUGGACACCACAGACUCACAACAUGCCCAUGUGACCGGCCGGUUGUCCAGCUGGAAGCAGCUGUUGGACAGGAUGAACAGGAAGGAGAGCGAGCUCGAGGGUCGCCUUGACAACAUGCUGUCACGCAUCGCCAUGGAGACGCAGGAGAUCAAAGAGCUGGAGCAACAGCUGACCGAUGGUCAGAUUUUGGCUAAUGAAGCUCUUCAGAGAGAUUUGGAGGGAAUCAUCUCAGGACUUCAGGAAUAUCUGAGAGGACUCAGAGAGCAGGCUGGUCGCGCUCAGCAGCAGGCUCACAAUCUGCAGGCUGAGAAUCAGAGUCUACAGCUCCACCUGGAGGACACUCAGAGACACUGCAGACAGCUGGAGGACACCGCCAGGACACAUAGACAGGACAUGUCCGUCCAGAAGGAGGAACUGUCUGUGUUGAGGAUGGAAGCCCAAGCUCUGAGAGACAGACAGGUGGAGAGCAGCAGACAGCAGGUGGAGCUGGAGGCGGAGCUUCAGAAGCUGAGGGAGGAGCUAACCCGACAGAUCACUCUGGGACAGUUGGAAUGUGGUUCUCUGCAGGCAGCUGUAGACAAAGAGAAACAGAUCAGAGAGAUCAGAGAGUCUCAGCUACAGUCAUCCAUCGACACACUGCAGGAUGAGAAAUCAUCUCUUCAGCAAGUAGUCCAGAAACUCCAGGACCAACUGGACCGGACUAAAUCCCAGUUUCACCAAUCCAGAACCCAGUGUAAAGACACGAGAACCCACUUAGACCAGGUCAGAGUACAACUGGACUGUUUCACAGAUGCCUUGUUGGAUCCUGGGGAGGUUCACAGAAGACAAGAGGAGCUGGAUGGAGACAAGUACAGUGCUGAGGACAUGUUGUCCGGGAGUGUGGAUCAGCUGUACAGGACGAUCCAGCAGACCAGGAUCAGCAGGGAGCAGCUGCAACAAGACCAUAAUCACAGCCAGGAACAGAUAGCCAGACUGCAGGCCCAGCUAGACCACGAUCAAGAAUACAUAGCCCAGCUGGAAGCUCAGGUGGCCCAGGACCAGGCCCAGUCAGCCCAGCUGAAAGCCAAGGUGAUCUAUGGCACGGAGCAGGACUCGGACUGGAGGCUGAAGGAGGAGCAAGAGAAACUGAGAGUCAGUCUGCAGACUUCCCAGAGUAGAAACAGACUCAUUCAGCACAAACUGGAGGCGGAGCUGGAGCAGAGCCGUCUGCAGCUUCAGGACGUCCAGCAGGAGAGAGACACUCUGCUACAGCAGCUGCGUUCACAGAGCGACGGUCACCAGAGGAGCCUCGGACGUCUGAACAGAAAACUACGGCAGCUCAGCAGGUCCAUGUGUGAGUCCGAUCAGCUGACAGCCGAACAGCUGAAGUCGACCUCCGAACAGCUGAGAGCUCUGAACCACAGCGUGGAGCUGCUGCACACACACACACAGCAGGACUCUGUGGAGGAACUCGAUGGCAGCGAUCACACACCGACACCUCAGUCUGAACACACACACACAGUGCAGGAGCUGAGAGCCGAGCUGGAUAAAUCUCAGAGACACACACACAGACUGAGACAGAAGCUGGACCGGACCAGAAACAGGACCAGAAACAGGACCCGGACCAGAGAUGGAGGACGGUGGUGCUUCAUACCUCCAGGACACAGUGCUCACAGUCUGGGCUCUCUGGGGACUCAGGACUCUGGUUUGGGGCUGCAUUACCUGAGUUCUCCAGACAGGGGGCGGCAGCAGGACCGACCGCCCACCGGAGGAGGGUACUGGGUCUAUAUCCCCCCCACACACAGCGACUCUGACACAGCAGAGUGGAGGGACAGCGGAGGAGGCAGCGACGCUGACGGGACUCCUGCUCCUCCUCCAGCUGCACCAGCCUCUGCUGGACUCUCUGACACUCCUCUGGUUGGACCUGCCUGGCUGCUCUGUGGUCCUCCAGCAGGAGGCGCUGCACUGCACUGUAACAUCCCAGAGCACAGAGACACGGUCAGUAGCAGAGAUGUACCAACCUGCUGCAGGGAAACUGUAGACAGGUGUGUGUGUGAGUGUGUGCACAAAGAAGCAGAGAGUCUGCAGAAGGAGAAGAAGAAACUGCGACAGGAAACCAAACAGCUACGACACACACUGAGAAGACACAGGAGUGUGGUGCAGGUGUGUGAUGAGGUGGAGUGUGUGGAGAAAACUUUGCUGAAGAGACGAGCUGAACUCCGGCAGGCUGACAGACUGCUGCUGGAGGUUCAGAGCUGCAUACACACCUCCAGAGACAAGGCCACUUCAGCUCAGCAGGAGGCCGACAUGUUACAGCGCUGCGUUCAGGACGGCACCUCCCGUCUGCAGGAGGCCACACAGCACAUCAGAGAGCUGCAGGAAGAGGUGGAGGAGCUGAGGAGGAGGAGACAGGAGGAGGAGCGGACUCUGAGGGAGGUGGAGGAGACAGUGAAGAGCAGAGAUCAGAAGUUACAACAACUGGACACAGAAAUGCACUCAGCUACAGACAGAUUAGCUGAUGUACUGUCAGACCUUCAGGGGUCUCAGAAGCGUUUAAAUUCACUCAACAAUCAGGUGGAUCAGCAGGAGCAGAGGCUGCUGCAGAGGAAGGAGGAGCAUCAGACAGCUGUGAACAGAGUGGAGGAGGUCAGAGAGGAGGAGAGACGCCUGCAGGACACAGUCAGGGAGCUGUUGGAGCAGCAGGAGGCGCUGCUGAGUGAGAAGAGGUCCACAGUGUGCGCCCUGAGAGAGGAUGAGCAGAGACUGAUCACAGUGCAGUCUGAUCUCAACACACACAGAGCAGAGCUCAAACAGGUCCUCCAGGAGUUGCUUGUAGAGCAGCAGGCGCUGGAGGAGGUGAAAACCAAACGCUCCCAGAGUCUCCAGCGGCUCCGCAAGAAGCAGGAUCAGCUGGACAGGAUACAGGUCGAGGUGGACAGGACGAAGGAGGAACUGGACAGGACGCAGAUCGAGGUGGACAGGAUGAGGGACGAGUUGGACGGGACGCAGGAUGAAGUGGACAGGAAGAGAGAUGAGCUGGAAAAGAAGCAGGAGGAAGUGGACAAGAAGAGGGACGAGUUGGACAGAAUGAAGGAGGAAGUGGACAGGAAGAGGGAAGAGCUGGCUGAGCUGCAAUAUGAAGUUGAGUCCCACAGGAAGCAGGCAGAGAUUUGUCUGAAUGAGACAAAACAACAACGAACAGAACUGCAGGAGCUGCAGGAGGAGCUGAGCAGGAGGAGGGAGGAGAGGAGCAGCAUAAGGGAGCAGUGUAAACACCUGGAGGCCCGACGGAGGCACGCUGACAGGAGUCUGUCAGCGGUGGAGGCGGAGCUUGCUAAACAGAGGGAGGAGAACAGCCACGCCCAACGUCUCAAACAGGAAGUGGUCAGAGAUACAGCAGCCACUCAGGAGCAGCUUAACGAGAACUCAGAGCUGCUGUCAGUGCUCGGUGAACGGGUGGAGGAGAGGAAGAAACAGCUGAUCACCCUGGAACAGGAGCUGAGUGAAUCUCGUCAGCAGCAACAAGAGAGAGCAGAACUACUGCAGGAGCUGGACACACACAUACAGCACAGACAGGCGCUGUGUGUCGGACUGCAGGAUGUUAAAGCUGCAGUGUGUCAGUUGGAGGACAGGGGGCGCCGUCUGCAGCUCGACCAGCUCAAGGACGAGCUGCUGGAGGGACAGAAACAGCUGCUCCACAAAGAGGAGGAGCUUCAUCGGAAGGAGGAGGGGCUACAACUGAAAGAGGAGGGGCUACAGCGAAAGGAGGAGGAGCUUCAUCGAAAGGAGGAGGGGCUACAGAAGAAACGUGAGGAGCUUUGUGUGAAAGAGGACGAACGACACAAGAAAGUGGAGGAGGACAGAGAGGAAGAGGAGGAGGAGGAGGAGGAGUCUUUCUAUCUGUCUACUGCUGGUCUCAGAUCAGCCUUCAGCACUGAGGAGCAGAGGUGGACGGUGGAGCUUGAGAGAGAAAAACUAAGACAACAAGAGGACCGACUGAAGGCUCGUCUGCGCUGCACUUUGUGGACUCGGCAGGAGACUCUGGAGGAGAGACGACUGGAGACUGAGGACAGUUUACUGGGACUGAAACACAGAGUGGACCAGCUGGACUCACUGCUCACACACUGAUGUACAGUGUGUUUACAGGUGGAGCACAAACAACCCUGAACUACAUUCACUGGCUGUUCUGGAGCUUUACUGGUGAUAUACAACAGUCUGACACUAGAGGUCGCACUACAGCUCCAGCGUCUCAGAACAAAGCAGCCCACCAGACUCCAUUCACAAAACCACUGAUUUAAGUUACAGAUCAUCGUAACUUCAUUAAAGUGAACAGAAACAGAAUAACGUCUGACUGUAGCUUUACAGCUGCUGAAAACACUGUGAUACAGUUUCUACUCUCACUCUCAACUUUAUUCAACAGCCAAUCAGAGUACCAGCUCUACCUAUAAUCAAUAUAUGGAUCUAUUGGUUGCAGCUGAUCACUAAACGCUGGUUUUAUGAGUCAGAAACUCCCACAUGACCUGAAUGCAGCAUCAGUGUUGGGCAGUAACUGAUUACAGUAGUAAUAUUACUUUCUCCAGUAACUAGUAGUGUAACUGAUUACUGUUGUAGCCCCACACUGGUUAGCAUUAGCAUACGUGGAGCAUGAAUCAUGUGCGUCUGUGAACGCAGCAUCUGUGAGAAACUCGUGGUGCCUUCAGGUAAACAUGUAAAACAGAUUUUACAACUUUGUUCUAUUUGAUUUUUAUCUUUAAAUAAACUUUGUGAUAAAACUG